UGACGUCACGCGCAGGUCGCCAUUUGCGGGAGGACGAGCGCCGCCUUCGCAGUCGCCGUCUGCUCCGCCGCGUCUCGUCCCGGAGGCGAUGUCCGGCGCCGAGAGGAGCGAGCGGGAGAGGGACAACCACGCCGCCACGCUCGUCGCAGGGGACGACGAGGAGAGCGAGGACGAGAGCGAGAUCCUCGAGGAGAGCCCCUGCGGACGAUGGCAGAAGCGGAGGGAGGAGGUGAACCAGCGGAAUGUGCCGGGUAUCGACAGUGCUUAUCUGGCUAUGGACACGGAGGAGGGCGUGGAAGUUGUGUGGAAUGAGGUUCAAUUCUCUGAGCGGAAGAAUUUCAAGGCCCAGGAGGAAAAGAUCAAGGCAGUAUUUGACAACCUCAUUCAGCUAGAGCAUCCCAACAUCGUCAAGUUCCACAAGUACUGGACGGACAUCAAGGAAAACAAGGCGCGGGUGAUUUUCAUUACAGAGUACAUGUCCUCAGGCAGCCUCAAGCAGUUCCUCAAGAAGACCAAGAAGAAUCACAAGACCAUGAAUGAGAAGGCCUGGAAGCGCUGGUGCACGCAGAUCCUGUCGGCUCUCAGGUACCUCCACUCUUCCGUGCCGCCCAUCAUCCAUGGCAACCUCACGUGCGACACCAUCUUCAUGCAACACAACGGCCUCAUCAAGAUUGGCUCUGUCUGGCAUAGGAUCUUUGCCAAUGUGGCACCAGACGCGAUUCACAACCACGUGAAGACCUACCGGGAGGAGCAGAAAAACCUGCACUUCUUUGCGCCGGAGUACGGGGCUGUGGGAGAGGUGACAACCUCCGUGGACAUCUACUCCUUCGGUAUCUGUGCCCUCGAGAUGGCAGUACUGGAGAUCCAGGGAAAUGGAGAUUGCUCUACACUGGUGUCACACGAAGCCAUCAGCAGUGCAAUCAACUCGUUAGAGGAUCCAUUACAGAGGGAGUUGAUUCAGCGGUGUCUGUGUGCGGGAGCGGGUGUCCGCCCCACGGCGCGCUCACUGCUGUUCCACGCUGCGCUCUUCGAGGUUCACUCACUCAAGCUACUCGCCGCUCACUGCUUCCUCAACCACCAGCAUCUGAUGGCGGAGAACGCGGUGGAGGAGAUGACGAAGAAGAUCGACCCCAACGGCGUCCUGGCUGAGAUCCGGCGCGUACAGGGAGACGGGCGGCAGUGGAGAUUUUCUCAAGUGUCUGCCUUGGAGCUUGACAAGUUCUUGGAAGAUGUGAAAAAUGGGAUCUACCCCCUGACCGCGUUUGGGCUGCCUCGGCCACACCACUCUCCGCGCGCCCAAUCGCCUGCAGCCCCCGAGUCUGAACGCAGCCCCACGCCCGAGCCAACGGAGGUGGAGACACGCAAGGUGGUACAUGUGCAGUGCAACAUCGAGGCGCUGGAGGAGGGGGCGCGGCGACACCUGACGCUGCUGCUGAAGCUGGAAGACAAGCUGAACCGGCAGCUGAGCUGUGACCUCAUGCCGGGAGACAGCUCGCAGGACCUGGCCGGGGAGCUCGUGCGAUUUGGCUUCAUAAGUGAGGCAGACCGCCCCCUGCUUGCCUCAUACCUGGAGGAGGCCCUCGGCCGCUGUUGCACCAACGGGCCCCCUGCUCCGCUCAAUGGGCCCCAUGCCCCUGUUGCCAUUUCCACCUAGGGCCUCUGCCCGUAUGUGUCACCAUAGCAGAUUGCAUCUUCUCAGCCCUUAAGUUUUGUCGAGGGCAGCUGCGUUGGUAUACGCUGUCUGACCAUUGGAUAAACUCACCAGGAAUCCUCAGUGAUGUUGAAGCAAAUUCGAAACAAGGGGUCUCCUGGAAAACGGGCUUCACCAGCAGCAUAAUACAUUGUCGGUUGUUAUUUUAAUCCUGAAUAUAAACAUUUAUUAGAACGAACGAAUGGAACAAGGAAGGAAUUAUAAGAGAACCCCCUUAAAGAUGUGUGCCUAGGAGCAGGGGUGAGAGAUUGACUUGGGAAUUGGUUGCGCAUCCACAGCUCUUGAGGGAUUCCGACUCCCUGUUUUCCGCACAGGGCUGUUAGAAAAAUCCGCUAAUGCACGCUUUCGGAAGGCGCCUAGUGCUGGGCACCGUGGGCUUUGCAUGAAGCCCACGGAGCCGGCGACUGGCCCCCUGCUGGCGCUGCACAAUCGACGUGCGCUGCAGGUUGCUGUAAGAGAACUCUGUUCAUCCGUUGCUGAAGGGAUCAUCUCCUAUUCCAUCUUCAGCAACCUGCUGUAGUCAAUUGCAGCCGUGUUCCAUCUUGUGGCUGAAUAUUCAAACUAACCAUGACCCACAAAUCUAGGCAGUACUGAGUAUAAUAUUGUGGCUUUCUAAUGCUUAAUAUGAAGCAUAUUGCAUUAAUGUUUUGUGAUGAAUUGUAAGUGAUGAUGUAACGGCUUGUAAGGCGUUGCAGCGAUUAGGCGUUCAUUUUAGCCUCGUGGCCUUCUUUGCCAGCACGGCGCUUGCGUGCAGCCACUGGCAGCCUUGUCUGUGCAAUGUCCGGCCCUGUCGCCCACGAGCCAAACUCCCCACGAGCCAACCUCAUGACCUGACCUUUACAGAACUUGACUUUUCCUAUCUGACCUUACAUUUACUCAAUUGCGCCAUGACAACAACGGAGGAAUUGGGUGGCUGCUUUUAGUUUUGCCCCAUGGAGUGGGGCUUGUGUAACGCACGUUCAUGCGUGGCGGUCAUCCACGCGCGGGACGUCUGGUGAAACUGCCGAAGCACUGCAGUGGCCGGAGAGUGCCGGUCAAGGUCAAGGCAAGAUCAAGGUAACAAACUGUUGAGGCUCGAGGAGCGGUUGUCAAAUCGUAGUUUCUGCUUCUGGCAGACCAGCACACGUGUCAUGGCGGCAGGGGACAGGCAGGUUUGUGCGUGCAUAUGAUCUGGUGGCCCGUCUCGCCGUGUUUGGGGAGGUUGGUGGAUGUGGCCACACAAGUGGCCGGUGGCUGCUCAUGUAAGCGUUGCUUAUAGCGCGCAUGUGCUUUUAAUCGCCGCGUUUUAACUUCGUGACGUUUUUACGGCAGUGCUAACGAGUGCCUAAGUAAGCGGGGUGGGGGCUCCUACAAGCCCUAGCGAGUAACCCCGAUUUGGGCCUGCACCUCCAAAGCUGCAGGUUGCCAUUUUUACAAAUGCAGAGGUGGGAGGGGGGGUCUAGGAGGUUUGAAGAUGUGGUUUGUGCGACCAUGUGCGAGUGUCUGCCUGGGCGAGCUCAUGCUGCCGAGAAGAUUGGUUUAAAGAUACUUUUAUAAUUGAAGUCUCCGCUAUCAAUACAUGUACAGUUGAGCAUUUGGCUGAGCGUUUGUGAAAUUUGGAGUCGUUUUGACAACGGAGGGGUGCUUCCGUUCGCGACCAUUGGGAAGUUCCGCCAUAAACUUUUGGGAGCACUUGGAACCAUGGGGUCACAUAAGUGUGGGGGGGGGGGGGGUGCACCACUGAGUUGUGAAUGUGUGUGUAAAGAUUGGGCACGUGUGAGAGGGCAUGUAUUUUUGCACCGUGUGCUGUUGUGGCACAGAGUAUGGAGUCAGAUUGCUGCCAAAAAUAAGCGUAAUAUUCGUUUUUUAUGUAAUGGGUUUGGCUUGGUUGGGAAAUGUUUUUAAUAGAGGUGGUAACAGUGCUAUUAUGUCGAUGGAAUUGGGAACAGGGAAGAGACAAUUUUUAUAUGAUUAAUCACCUAAUGAUGGUCGCAGAAUCUCGAGGAUACUGAAAUAUUUAUUCGGAUUAUCUGGCAACAUUUAACCUUUUCCUUACUGAGGGCCGAAUAGGACUUUCAAAUACAUUUAGAGGGCAGCCGCACAUUAGUUAACACUACACUUUGAUCACGCUUGGACUGUAUGCAUUGCCUUUGUUCUCAAAGCUACUUUAAAGGUAACAGGAUACUCGGCGCAUUAAUGUUUCCAAUGGUGUUGCCAGGCUGAAAAAUCUCCCUCAAGUACUCAAUUAGUGUUGCUAAGAUUUUUUGCAGUAAUGGAUUGUUUAUGGACUGUAGGCGUCAUGAGGCUGUGGGCCAUAUGCGUGAUGUCCACCUGCAGGCCGUAGGUUCCCCACCUUUUCCAUAGAUCGGCAUGCAUCACAACUGCAUUUGAUGGUGAUUGUGUCAAUUGGCAUGAAAUGUGAGCAUAAUUAACCAUGACAAGUUGUAACUGUGACAUAAGCCUAUGUGUGAAGAAUUUCCUACGACGUGUACUGCAGGAUAAUCGUGCUAAGAGGUGGCUCGGGGUGGCUGGGAUGUCAACGUGGCUGCGUUGCGUUUCUGUCUCAGUUCGGCGUGGUCACGUCAGCACAAGAGAGAGGAGCACAUUUAGGCCACCGUGUGCCCCACUGGAGCUGGAAUCUGAAGCACUUAUAUUUUGUUGUACGAGGAAAUGACUGUGCCUGCCUACCUGUGCGUGUGUGUGCACUUGCGCCCAUCCAGAUCAUUGGCCUUCUUCAGAAGCUGUGCAGAAAAACCAAACAAAACUCUUGAAACAAAUGGGGUAGAUGUAGGAUAGAAAAGAGACCGUGUAUUGUGAAUUUAGACCGAAGGUGUGGUGCAGACUUGUGUCGAGGGCUGAGGAGCAUGUGUAUGUGUGCACUGAACGCCAGAGAGGUGGUGCUCAUAAGGGCCAAGGGAGGAUGGCAUUUGUGGCUGUAUGUGCAUGUAAUGAAGCUUUAGGCGAUGGUAUGUGAUUUUUAGGACAUGGUGUGUGUUAUGUUGGCUGAAGACCUUGUUUGUGUGUAAUGAAAACCGAGGCGAUCGUGUGUAUGAUGUGUGAGAUGAUGAGAUGGUGUGUGUUUGAGAUUAGGCUCGGGGUGAAGUGUGGUGUGGGCCGAGGUGGUGCUGGUGUUUUACUCUUUGCCUCAGAGUAAAAAUACAUCGCGUUGUCUGUACGUCUGACAUUCAGAAUAACAUUUGAGCUUUUCAUUGUAAAAGGUUACACUAUAGAACGCCCCUAUUACGUGUUGAGUUUAUUAAUUAAAAAAAAUCCUUUCCAGUGUCA